AUGGACAAGGUGGGUCAUUCAGUAUUCACCCCCAACGUGGACAAGGACUUUAAUGACUUCCACAGCAGGUACAAGAUUAUCCUGAAAGACAGGCAUCCAACAGACGACCAGAGAGGGAGGUGCACAGAGCUGCUGAUGUCAUACGACCCCGCCAAGAUAGACUGGCAGCUGGGGAAGACUAAGGUGCGCUGGUCCCGUGGCUCUGACAUCACACUCUUACACGGACCCCUGUGUAUCCCCCCCCAGGAGAGCAGUCUGAACGUGGAAGCUGUGGAGCAGACGUACUGGAGGAACCCUAUCCUCAGAUAUACCCAGCACCCCCUCCACUCCCCCCUGCUUCCUCUGCCUUAUGGGGAGGUCAACAUCCACCUCCAUAAGGAGAAGGGCUAUGCCAGCCUGCAGGACGAGGCAGUGAAGAUCUUCAACUCUCUGCAGGAGAUGGAGUCUGUGUCUGACCCCGUGCCGAUCAUCCAGGGCAUCCUCCAGACCUGCCACGACCUGCGCCUGCUCAGAGACGAGGUCUACUGUCAGCUCAUCAAGCAGACCAAUCACGUGCCUCAGCCCAACAGCUCGGCCAAUCGCGCCCACUGGCACCUCCUCACCUGUAUGAGCUGUACCUUCCUGCCCAGCCGGGGCAUCCUGCGCUACCUCAAGUUCCACCUUAAAGGAGGUGAACAAGGCCCGUUUGGGUUCAGGUCAGAUGUGUUAAUGUCCCUCUGUCCUGCCUGUCCCCAGGUGGUGGAGAAGUUGAUCCGAGGCCUGGCCAUGGAGGACAGUAGAAACAUGUUUUCCCUGUUUCAACACAACAACACUACGGACCGCGCUGUGGAGAGCAGAGUCAUCGUGGCGGACGUACUCGCCAAGUUUGAGAGGCUGUCAGGCAGUGAGGAGGUGGAGGAGGAGGGGACAGUGGAGCUCUACUUCAAACUCUACUGUUUCCUGGAUGUAGAGAGCAUGCCCAAGGAAGGGGUGGAGUUCGCUUUCAUGUUCGAACAGGCUCAUGAGUCUCUGACCAGCGGUCACCUCCCGGCCCCAGAAGACACCCUGCAGCACCUGGCCGCUCUCAGGCUCCAGUUCCUCCACGGGGACGAGGCCCGGGUCAGCUGGUCUCUGGACACCGUCUACCCUGUAGGGAGGCUCCGCGCACGCAUCCUGCACUUCACCAAGGUGGGCGCGGCGGGGCCUGUGGGCCAAACCCUUGAGCGGAGGCGGACCAGCUUCCUGGACGGGACCCUGCGCCGCAGCGGGCUGAAGACGGGCUCCAUGAAGAAACAGAAGAUGGAGGAGGAACAGAGAAUUGCCAGACCCGGUGUGGUGGUGGUAAUUGCAGCCAGUAUCCGUGGCGAGACUGCCGAAGGAAUGCCGUUGACUGGAUGUUUGUGGUUUGUCGCCGUUCUCGGGAAAACAAAAAUAUGCACCGUCGUGCGUGAAAAGCCCCAGGAGGCCGGGCGUUUCUGA